CGUCCCGCCCUUUUAGCGCUUCCUGCAACCGUCUGCGGUCGCCUUGCUAGUUACCUCAAAUAGGGACCUGCAAAAAGGUUUAUUCGCAGCACUAUUAUCAUAAUCCAAACUCAGGAAUACUAACAUCAGUGGGAAGUUUUUAUAUCGGUCGUUUUAUAGAUUAUUGUUGUGUAUUUGUAUUGGGCGGUUUCCCGGUUCGUCCUAUUUCCUGGCUCUCGGUUAGCCGGCUAAUCUCCAGCGAGCAACAAAAUGGCUGAAUCGGACAAAUUAAACAUCGACUCGAUCAUUCAGCGUCUUUUGGAGGUUAAGGGCUCCAGACCUGGUAAAAAUGUCCAGUUAACAGAGAAUGAAAUCCGUGGAUUGUGUCUAAAAUCUCGGGAAAUCUUCCUCAGUCAGCCAAUACUGCUGGAGCUGGAAGCACCACUUAAAAUCUGCGGGGAUGUUCAUGGUCAGUACUACGACCUGCUCAGGCUCUUUGAGUAUGGAGGAUAUCCUCCAGAGAGCAAUUACCUGUUUCUGGGAGACUAUGUAGACCGAGGCAAGCAGUCAUUGGAGACCAUCUGCUUGCUGCUUUCCUACAAAAUCAAAUAUCCAGAGAACUUCUUUCUUCUCAGAGGAAACCAUGAAUGUGCCUCCAUCAAUAGGAUAUAUGGAUUCUAUGAUGAAUGCAAAAGGCGGUAUAACAUCAAGCUUUGGAAAACAUUCACAGACUGUUUCAACUGCUUGCCUGUAGCUGCUAUUGUGGAUGAAAAGAUAUUUUGUUGUCAUGGAGGGCUUUCUCCAGACCUGCAGUCUAUGGAGCAGAUCAGACGUGUGAUGAGGCCUACAGAUGUUCCCGACCAGGGUUUGCUUUGUGAUCUGCUAUGGGCUGACCCUGAUAAAGAUGUCAUGGGCUGGGGAGAGAAUGAUCGUGGCGUCUCCUUUACCUUUGGGUCUGAUGUAGUUGCCAAGUUCCUUCACAAACAUGAUAUGGACCUCAUAUGCAGGGCACACCAGGUGGUGGAGGAUGGCUAUGAAUUCUUUGCAAAGAGGCAGUUAGUCACACUUUUCUCAGCUCCCAACUACUGUGGAGAGUUUGACAACGCAGGUGCUAUGAUGAGCGUUGAUGAAACCCUCAUGUGCUCGUUUCAGAUUCUGAAACCGGCUGAGAAGAAAAUGCUCUCAUAUGGUGGGGCUGGCGCAUUUGGAGCUGGUAGGCCCAUAACUCCUCCACGAAAUGCAGCCAAGGGUGGCAAACCCAAGAAAUAACACCAACUCCUGCAACACACACAUCCAUCUUUUCCUUCACUCUACCUCUCCUUCCUCCUUUACUCCAAACACCAAAAUCAGUGCAGGGCCUUUUUUAGCUGUCUCCAUCAAGAUGAGAUUGCUGUGAAUCUGAGUGAUAUUUGCGAGUACUGAACAGAAAUGCCCUCUUGGAGUCUGUUGGUGUGUAUGUAAAACAUCUAAAGUAUCUAUUUGUAGAAACUUUUGUUUGUGGUGUGUCUGUGUGUGCGAAUGAGAUGUUUCUUUUCUAGUAAUUGAUUAUUUUACUGCAUUUUUAGCCAUGUUGGUUCAUUUCUUUGUAAUGCAUCUUUAGCCAUAACUUGGGAUGUUUAUUGGACCUAAGUGACACGUUUCUUUAAAAACAAAGCCUCAGGGUCUGGUUGCUCAUCCCCAUAGUGGAAACGGGCUGCUUUAUUCCCCACUAGCUCUAAAGCAAUCUAAACAGAGGUGAUUGUGUCCUUAAAUGUGUGUACAUCACUGCCACUCUCUUAAAUGUGAAACGUUAAGUGUGUUUCUUGACUGUAGUUAUUGACGGCAUUCUGCACAUUUUCUGAAAUCGCCUAUUUUGGCACAUUCUUCAGCAAACUUCCCAAUGUUGUAAUAGCUUGACCUGUUAAAAUAUUUGGCUUUUCCCUUUUUUAGAUCAUGAUGCAUAUGUGAAUAAAACCGUGUGAAAGCCUGCAAGUGACAUGGGUGCCAUCACAGUUGCAUUUUGCACAGAAAACUACUGUGCUACUCUUUCUUUUUUUGAAAAUUAACUUUAACCAAUUAAAAGGACAUUUUCUUUCUUUUUGUAGUCUUAUGAAUUCAGGCCAAUAAAGUGAGAAUCUACUGCAA